AUGGGGCCGACUGUUGAGAGACCACUUGGGAAGAAAUGGCAGGAAUAUUUUUGUCAAGGCACAUUUUUUGGCGAAAUUUUGGCAAGGUUUAAAUUUAAAACAAUUUCGCUCGCCAAAUCACAGCUCCGCUCGAGGUUGUUGAAAAAACAGCGGCGAAUUAGGUGCGGGGCAACAUCCGACUUUGCCGGCUUCUCCCGUGCAUUUGUCAAUGCUGUGUAUGAGAGACUUGGAUUAAAGGAAAGGAAAAGGAUCUUUGUUUACCUUGAUGGUCCACAUGAGCUAUCUGUUGCGCCGUUUAUUGGCGCACUCUUGAACUAUGGGCAUUGCAUAUAUGUUCCGUGCUGGAGCAAUUCUAAACCGGAUGAACUUUUAAGGUAUACUCCAUUGCUAUCAAUUGAAGACAUAUCUUCGUUUCGCAAAGUUUCUGGGAUUCCCAUGCCUAGCAUCGAAGGCCAGGAGGUUGAAAUUCCUUUACCGGAUGCCAUCUUUAUCCCAGCAGUUGCCUAUGACUACAAAGGCAAUAGGCUUGGUAGAGGCACGGGCCACUUUGACAGAUAUCUGUGUUCGCUGCGAACGAGGAAUCCCCCGAUAAGCCCGCUUUUGAUAGGGGUAAUUCCAACAGAAUAUUACCUUUUUGACGAGCUAAUUCCCGCAGAGCCCCAUGACAUACCGAUCGGCUAUUUGCUGACAGGACAUGAAGAGCUGAUUAAAAUCGAAUAA